AUGCGCCCUGUGAUAAAUAAGGCCCGAACUUCCCUCGUCAGGCACCUCGUAAGGAAACUGAAGCGUUUCAAAUCAGUAAAUGAAAAGAGACCGUCAGAAGCACUUCAGAAGAAGAUGCUAAGAUACCAGGAGGAAAUCCACGCAAUGAAGAGCGUUCCAAGGGAUGAUGUUUCAAAAUUCGCGCUACUUAACAAAAAGAGUUUGAAUGAACUCCGUAUUACGGGUACGACCCCAGUCAAUGAGCGCUGCCUCUUCAAGCUUUCCUGCGAGCGUUGUGUAGUGAAAGCAGUUGAAGAAUAUCGUGCUCGAUAUCCGUCUUGGGAAGUGACUACCGCAUUUCUCCUUCAACGUCUAGGCCUACAGUAUUCGGUCGAGAAAGGAGUCGAAAAUCUGUUGUCACACAAUUCCAGCAUGGCUGACGAUUCUACAGCAAGUCAAGGAGCAUGUACUAGCAGAAAGCCGAUCACAAUGGUGACUACCAAAACGUCUCUGGAUGCCAAAAGCGCAAAAAAGCCGAGGCUUGCUGAAACCGCAAAAAAGCCGAGGCUUGCUGAAAGCAUAGGGGACUCUUAUCACCGAGUGGACAGCGUGGAGGACUCUGAAUCACCUGAUGAAGAACAUUAUGUUGAAAUUGGUUCGGAUAGCAAUGACGAUGAGGAUCAAGCUGUGGAAAAUCGUAGGAAAUUGCUGUUGGGUACUGCAAAGGAACCGAUGAAGGUGAACCAGGAGAAAAGGAAAAAUCUGAAGGUCAAACAUAAGGGAGAUCGAGUCGUAAUGCCUUCAACAUCUAGUAGUGAAAACGUAGUUACGUACAAGAAACCCUGUCACAAAUCACGUCAAUAUUGA